UGUCGGAGAGUGAGAAACUUCCCUCGCUCCUCCUCCCCUGCUUUAUUUCUCUUAAAUUCCCCGAGACACCUUUUUAUGUGACUUCUCUCAGCGGCAGCCACAGCCACCAGUGCCUCCAUUAACAGGCGGGUACUGGCUUUGUUUUUGUUUUUUUGUGUCGUAUCGUUGGUUUAUCCUUACGCUUUGGAGAGGUUUCCUGCCGGUUCGUUCAGGACUUCGGGUGCAGCUGGAGCGACUCCACCAAGUUUCCCCCCCAUUCUGCCUGAGGAAUGAUUGCACUGCUGGAGAGGAAGAGCCGAAACUCGCAUGUUUGAAUGAACAAAAGAACAGAAAGCGAGGAUAUUGCAGCCGAAAUGGAGGAACUUACCCUACAAGGAGCAACAUCUCCCCUCUCAGAUCUCAACACAAACCCAACCAGGCCUGACCCGGAGGGCGAGAGCAGCCCCCCGAUGAUGGACACUGAGAGAAUGGAGUCUCCGGUUAAGAAAGAAACAGACCGUAGAUUGACUACCCCGACAAAAUCUGACGUCAUCCCUCGACCACCUGGGUCACCUGCGUCUCCUAUGUCCAGGUUGAAAAGUCCUAAAGACAUCAUGAAGUCAGAGGACAGGCAGAAGCUUGCCAAGGAGCGGAGAGAGGAGAAGGCCAAAUAUCUUGACGAGCUCAGCAUGUUACAAGCUGCUAAAAAUGAGCCCGUGGCUGGAGAAGGAGGAGAGGCCCGGCCGCUGAGGGACCAGCCAGCUGAGAGCGCCAGGAAGGCUCGAGGAACAACGGAUCAAAGCGGAAAAACGACGGCCGCCCUGGAGGAAGACAGAAAAAAAACUGAGAAGAAUAAAGAGCGCUAUGAAGCGGCCAUCCACAGGUCAACCAAGAAGACGUGGGCAGAAAUCCGCCAGCAGAGAUGGUCCUGGGCCGGAGCGCUGAGCCAGAACUCCAGCCAGAAAGAAAGCAGAUGCUCACUGUCAACGGUCAACCUGCCCAAACACGUGGACUCUGUUAUAAACAAGCGACUGUCCAAGUCCUCCGCCACGCUCUGGAACUCGCCCAGCAGAACACGUAGCCUUGCACUGAGUCCCUGGGAGAGCAGUAUAGUGGACCGGCUGAUGACGCCAACGCUGUCUUUCCUCGCCAGGAGCCGCAGCGCUGCCAGUGUCCUCACUAACGGCAAAGAUGGUAACUCUCCUCUUUGCCCUCGUUCGGCCUCAGCCAGUCCCCUCACCCUGUGCGCCCACCAGCCCCACCACCGCUGCUCCGACCGCUGGAGAGUGACGUCCAGCACCCCCGACAUCACCCAGCGCCAACCCAGACGGAGCUCCACACCUAUGGAUAAGAACAAGAAAGAAAAGAAAGACAAGGAACGGGAGAAUGAGAAGGAGAAAAGUGCUCUCAGUAAAGUGCUUAAAAAGAGACAGUCUCUACCAAGCAUGAGACACCGAGCUGAUCCAAGUCCCAGUCCUUUAUCAAGACCAAGACCCUCAUCCCCCGCCACGCCUAAGGGCAGAGCCGGCUCACCCAGCCCGGCUGCCUCUCCCAAGCCUCCCUCAACACGUGGAAGUCCGUCGACUCCUAAAAGUCGUCCCAAAAGAGCCAGGACCCCUGCCAGGGUAGACCACCGCACCUCCUCUCCUGUCGCCCUCGAGAGAGUGAGGGAGCCUCGCAGGCCCUCUACUCCUGAACACAGAAAGAGCUCCCCUGUGGUUCCUGCCAUCAGAGUAGCUUCUGUCUCCCCCCAUGUGCCUGGCACGCCAGUUCCAACCGCAGCAGCCUCACCGUCACCGGAGCCGCUCCAUUCUGCUCCGUCUGUCUCUACGUCAUCGCCUUCACCCUCUCCGUCACCCAAGCCCAUGGCAGGCACCAACGACGCAGAGGAGGCGGGUCGCAUCCUGGCCGAGAGACGCAGAGAGGCCCGAAAGCAGAGGGAGAGGGAGGAGCAGGAGCGCCGCGAGCAGGAGGAGAAGGAGAGGAUCCUGAGAGAGGAGAGAAUGGCGAGGGAGGUAGAGGAGAAUCGACUCAGGGAGGAGGAGGCCCGCGCCAUGGCCGUGGAGCAGCGAAAGAGGGACGAAGCUCAGCAGCUGCUGGACGAGAAGGAGGCUGAGGAGAGGGCCAAAGCCGAGCAGGAGGAGAACGUGCGUCUGCAGAAACAGAAAGAAGAGGCUGAAGCUAAAGCCCGGGAGGAGGCGGAGAAGCAGCGUCUGGAGAGGGAGAAGCACUUCCAGAAGGAGGAGCAGGAGAGGCUGGAGAGGAAAAAGCGUCUGGACGAGAUCAUGAAGAGGACACGGAAGACAGAUGGAGGCGACAAGAAGGAGACAAAGUCCUCGCCUCUCACAAACGUCAACGACAAAGAGGCAGAGAGCAGCAAAGCAUCUGCUGAGUAUCAGCCAAAGCCAGAGGUCGACCUGUCCAAUAACAAGACAGAAAAUGGACAGACCAAAAUCAAAGAAAGCAGCCCCUCAGUGCAAGUAGUCAAUGGGGUCCAGCCCUCGAGACAUGAAAAUGGUCUGUCCUCGAAAGGAGACACUGCCCACUAUGAAGAUAUCAUCCAGCUCGCAAAUCAUGGCAACUCCACCAAUGGAGCUCGGGAUAACUCUGAGAGCAGCAUGGCCCCCGAGCCCAUCCUCACGUUUGAUAGUGAGGAGUCAUUCAUGAAGAAGACCGGCCCCAUGAAGCCACAGCAUGUUGCAGAGGUCCUGUGAUAUGCUCCAGUGUGGAAGUGCUCGUCGCUAUGGCCGCUGACCUUUCCGUCGCCCUGCCAACGCUCGCAUGGGGAGCCCUGUGACAAACCUUUUCUACGCCCCUAAAACAAACACACACCAAGCAUUGGGAUGCAAAAGACUAAAUGGGAUGAAAGGAGUUGCCGCAUGCAACACAGGUGCAUCACUGUUAACAUUUGCAAAAUAUCUUAUGUGGCACCCAUUCCCUCAACUGUAUCAUCCUUUGUACAGUAAAGUACAGCUGAGUAAUGAUUACUAUAGGCUGAAGUGUUUUUUUUUCUUUGUUCUUUAGUUAUUUAACUGAAAGAGAGACAUAAAAGACUGGGUACAUUCUUGUGAAUAAUGUAAAUGAACUUUGUGUGAUGGACUAAGGAGGGACUCGUCUGUAGAUUAAAGUUGUAUGAAGGGAGUCAUUUUAAUGCUACUCCGCUCUGAGUGGCUCUUUCAGUGAAACCCAGGUGUCGUGCAUCCUGGUCUGUAAAAAGCCACAUGUAACAGUGUUUGUAAAGUUAAAAUGAAAAAUCUGGAAAAGAUUUUAAAAUGCAAGUUCACAUGCAACAGCUUCUUACUGUGUGUAGUAAUACUGUCUGUGCAAACCUCAGCUAUGAUUGAUUGUACACAGAACUGGAUGUAAAAAUGUGUGCAACCCUCACUAUCAAGUAACCAGAAGUCUUUUAAGGUCAAAUCCCUAUGAAUUUACUCCACUCUUAAAACAGUUAAAUCCGUUUUCUUUUCUCAUGUACAAAAUGACAACGUUUUCUCUCAUUCUACAUUGAGAUUUCAUGGAGUCGUGUAUUUGAAAUGCUGGUGCGUGUAUAUGCUAUAAUUAUUUUGAUGUGCGUUACAAGGUCAGUGGGAGCUCUCUACGUCUUAUUAAAGACAAACUGUCCAGUC